AUGGGCCGCUACGUCCCUCCGGACCUGGAGGGCGUGGUUUCGUUCAACACGGCGUCCGGCAAGGGCCACGCGCUGGGCUCGCGCGCCCGCAAGCUCAAGACCGAAGGCAUCCUGACCGUCCGCUUCGAAUGCCCGUUCGCCAUCUGGUGCACGCACUGCCGGCCCGAGCAGCUGAUCGGCCAGGGCGUGCGGUUCAACGCCGAGAAGAAGAAGGUGGGCAACUACUUCUCCACGCCCGUGUGGAGUUUCCGCUUCAAGCACGCCGCCUGCGGAGGCUGGCUGGAGGUGCGGACCGAUCCCAAGAACGCCGAGUACGUGGUCGUCGAGGGCGGGCGGAGGAGAGACACGGGCGCCGACAAGGUCCUCGACGGCGAGAUCCGCAUCGCUGGUGGUGCUGUGAGCGAGGAGGACAAGGCUCGGCUGGAGCGCGACGGCGCGUUCGGCACGCUGGAGAAAAAGAUCCAAGACAAGAGCCUGUUCGAUUCGCAGAAGGAGAGGCUCGAGAGCCUCCUGAAGGCCAGCGACCGUGACUGGGCCGACCCGUACGAGCGGAGUCGGCGCCUCCGCGCCGAGUUUCGCGUGGGCCGGCGGAAAAGACAGGCCGACGAGAAAUCCGGAGAGGCCUUGAAGGACAAGUUUGGACUGGAGCUGGAUGUGGUGGGUGAAAGUGCCGAGGAUGGCGAGAGGGCCAAGUUUGUCGACUUUGGCGAGCAUCCCGACCUGGCUUCGUCGUUCUCGGCGACGACGACUAGCUCCAAGACCACGCCCAUGUUUCACAGCCCUCGCGACAAUGGAAACCUGACCUCUUCGGCAACUACAUCCUCCAAAUCCUCCUCUCGGUCCAAGUCGAGCACCACGGCGAAGCAGGACCAGAGGAAGGAGAUCCUUCAGAGCACACUACGCAGUAAUACGAGGAUGACGUCCGAUCCUUUUUUACGGGAGCAAGAUGUCUGGCAGCCGAGAGUCAAACGCAAAAGGGCGGAUGAAGGGGACGCAGAAAGGCAUCAUCGCCAUCCAGAAAUUAAAGAAACGAAGACGACGAAAGUGGAAACAAACAGCACGGCGUUGGUGGUGGGCUAUGAUUCUGAUUCAUCGUGA